UGGGUCGCGGCGGGGGAAGCGCUCUCAGCUGCUUUGAGUUUGGGAGCGCUCCGCUAGCGCUACCGGCGAGGGGAUGGCGGUGACCCGGACCGCAACCACCGCGGCCAUGGGCAGGCUUCUGGUCCUACUGCUGCUUGGACUCACGGCGCCCGCCGCGGCGCUGGCUGGCUAUAUCGAGGCUCUUGCAGCCAAUGCUGGAACAGGAUUUGCUGUUGCUGAGCCGCAGAUUGCCAUGUUUUGUGGGAAGUUAAAUAUGCAUGUGAACAUUCAGACUGGGAAGUGGGAACCUGACCCAACAGGCACAAAAAGUUGCUUUGGAACAAAAGAAGAAGUUCUUCAGUACUGUCAGGAGAUGUAUCCAGAGCUGCAGAUCACAAAUGUUAUGGAAGCAAACCAACCCAUUAGUGUUGACAAUUGGUGCCGGAGGGACAAGAAACAGUGCAAGAGUCACAUUGUUACACCUUUUAAGUGUCUGGUGGGUGAAUUUGUAAGUGAUGUUCUGCUAGUUCCAGAAAAGUGCCAGUUUUCCCACAAAACGCAGAUGGAGGUGUGUGAAAACCACCAACAUUGGCACACUGUCGUCAAGGAGGCAUGUCUGACGCAGGGGAUGGCCUUAUAUAGUUACGGCAUGCUGUUGCCAUGUGGGGUGGACCAGUUCCAUGGCAUUGAGUAUGUGUGCUGUCCUCCAACAAAGAUUGUUGAAUCCACUAUCUCCAAAGAGGAGGAGGAAGAGGAAGAGGAUGAUGACUAUGAUAUUUAUAAAAGUGAAUUUCCUACUGAAGCCAAUUUGGAAGACUUCACAGAAGCAGCUGUUGAUGAGGAUGACGAUGAAGAUGAUGAUGAGGAAGAAGAGGGGGAGGAGGAAGCUGUGGAAGACCGUGAUUACUACUAUGACACUUUUAAAGGGGAUGAAUACAAUGAGGAGAACCCAACCGAGCCCAGCAGUGAUGGGAUCAUUUCAGAAAAGGAAAUUACCCACGAUGUGAAAGCUGUCUGCUCCCAGGAGGCGAUGACGGGGCCCUGCCGGGCCGUGAUGCCUCGUUGGUACUUCGACCUCUCCAAGGGAAAGUGCGUGCGCUUUAUAUAUGGCGGCUGCGGAGGCAACAGGAACAAUUUUGAGUCUGAGGAUUAUUGUAUGGCUGUGUGUAAGAUGAUGAUUCCCCCAACUCCUCUGCCCACCAAUGAUGUUGAUGUGUACUUCGAGACCUCAACAGAUGAUAAUGAGCAUGCUCGCUUCCAGAAGGCUAAGGAGCAGCUGGAAAUUCGGCACCGCAACCGAAUGGACAGGGUAAAGAAGGAAUGGGAAGAGGCAGAACUUCAAGCUAAGAACCUCCCUAAAGCAGAGAGACAGACUCUCAUUCAGCACUUCCAGGCGAUGGUCAAAGUUCUAGAGAAGGAAGCGGCUAGUGAGAAACAGCAGCUGGUGGAAACUCACCUGGCCCGGGUGGAAGCUAUGCUGAACGACCGCCGCCGCAUGGCUCUGGAGAACUACCUGGCGGUCUUGCAGUCUGAUCCACCACGACCCCACCGCAUCCUCCAGGCUUUGCGGCGCUAUGUCCGUGCUGAGAACAAGGACCGCCUGCAUACCAUCCGCCAUUACCAGCAUGUGUUGGCUGUGGACCCAGAGAAGGCAGCCCAGAUGAAAUCCCAGGUGGUGACACAUCUCCACGUGAUCGAAGAAAGACGGAAUCAGAGCCUCUCCCUCCUCUACAAGGUUCCUUACGUGGCCCAAGAGAUCCAAGAAGAAAUUGAUGAGCUACUUCAGGAGCAGCGUGCCGACAUGGACCAGUUCACUGCCUCCAUCUCAGAGACUCCCAUGGACGUCCGGGUGAGCUCCGAGGAGAGUGACGAGAUGCCGCCUUUCCACUCCUUCCGCCCCUUGCCGCCCUUACCUGAGAGUGAAGACUCUCAGCCGGAGUUGUACCACCCAGUGAAGAAAGGCUCUGGAGCUGGAGAGCAGGAAGGGAGACUGAUAGGUGCCGAGGAGAAAGUGAUUAACAGCAAGAAUGAAGUGGAUCAGCACCUGGUCAUUGGCGAAACACUGGAUGUUAAGGAGAUUUUCAACACAGAGAGGGUCGGAGGCCUUGUGGAAGAGCCAGUGGAAUCUGUGGGGCCACUGCGGGAGGAUUUCAGUCUGAGCAGCAGUGCCCUCAUUGGCUUACUGGUGAUCGCCGUGGCCGUCGCUACAGUCAUAGUCAUCAGUCUGGUGCUGCUGAGGAAGAGACAGUACGGCACCAUCAGCCAUGGCAUCGUGGAGGUUGACCCAAUGCUCACCCCGGAAGAGCGUCAUUUGAACAAGAUGCAGAACCAUGGUUAUGAAAACCCAACCUACAAAUACCUGGAGCAGAUGCAGAUUUAACUGAGCCAGAGAGACGUGUGCACUCCUGGUCGGAAUGGGGUGGUGCAAGUGGGCCAAAAGGGGUCCUGCAUUUUGGAUCGACUACUGACCAACAGUUGCUUGCAGAGAAUUUCAUCUUACAUUCAGAACUCCUGGGUCAUUAAGACUAUAAAAUACUACUGUAGAAUUACAACUUCCAUUCUUUUAAAUGGGUGAUAAAUGUUAAUAUAACAAUAUAUGAUAUAUGAAACUUAAAUGAGAAAAUGGUCUAUUGCAGAUAUUUCACUGAUGUGUAGUGUCCUUUUUUAAAGUUAAUCAGAGGUCCCAGUUUUAUUGUACUAUCGCACACAUGCGCUCUAUAGAAAUGGAAGAUGUUCCAAUUGCAUUGUAUAAAUCAAGAGUUUCAGGCUCACUUGGCUACCCUGAUUUUUAUUUCAAAACACUAAAACAGCAGUAUUCCCUCUUGAAGCGAGUUUCCGACACUAGCUGAGAAAUAGGGCACGGGAAUUGAGCAGGAAGCGCAUCAUGACACUCUCUCGGUGAUUUGGAAGGACCCGUUUCUUGGAGUCCGGUGCUUGCACUGCUGGGUGAUGUGGCAUCUCCAGACCCAUGUCUUGUCCCCGAAGAAUUGGAAGACGUUUCUUUCCAGCACCUUCUAGUGAGCCUCGUGUGCAGAUUAGGGUGUCCACCACUGCUGUCCUUCUUAAUCCGAUUCUUCCACAGAAACUAGCCUGUAGUUGUGUAUGGCAUUCUUCCACUCUUCAUCACGGAGCCCCCAUAAGCAGUGUUCCAGUGUGAUGUCUUUUUGGUUUGUUUUUUGCCCGCCCCCCCACCCCCACCCCUCUUUGGGCAUUUCCCUCCAAAGGCACUGACUGCCCACCCCACCCUCGUUUGUAUUCUUAAGUCUGUGUCCUCCUCCCCCUUGUCACCUCUUUCCCUGCCGCCUACUCAGACUCGCUGAGUAGCUGCCGAUGGCCCGUAAGGGAACAUGGGGCGGUUUGCUUUCCUUUGAAAAGGGCCUUCCAAGGCGGACGGGAAACCAGUCUGCCAGCACUGCGGAAAGCUGAAUGCUUCAUUGCCUUCGCAGGGUCUAGAAAUGCUGCUCUUGUUGCCCUGGAUGCUCAAAGCUAUUCUUUGGUUGUUUUUUGUUUUGUUUUGUUUUUGUUUGUUUGUUUGUUUUUUGGGGGGAGCAGCGGCUGAAGGUUCUGGUAAUGUGUUUGUUUUCUUGUGACUGUUUUUAUUUCCUCCUCCUCCCCCCUCUGGUCCCACCCAUGUCUCUUCCCACUAUGCACAGAUUGAAUUUCACUCACCAACUCCUUAAUACGAUUUGUGGAGAAUGUACCGUUUAAACACAUCAAUAAAUACUUUAACUUCCA